AUGGAAGAGGAGACGGAAAUGGAAAUGGAAGGAGAGAUGGAAGGAGAGACCGAAGGGGAGACCGAAGGGGAGACCGAAGAGAGAACUGAAGGCGAAACGGAAGGAGAGAUGGAAGGGGAGAUGAUCAAAGGAGAGAUGGGGGGAGAGAUGGAAUUCUUGGGGGCAGAGGAGGACAAACAGGUAUUUUAUGGCUAUAUGGAAGAAGAGCCAGCCAGAUAUUCUGAGCCGCCCUACCCAGAAUUCGUUUCCGAGGAAAUGUCUGGAAAAGUGAGACCCGAAUCCCUUCCUGACAUUUCCCAAGAGCUGGAGCUCUCACCAGAGCUCAUGAGCCCACUGGAAUCGAGAGGGGCUGAGUUCGAGGGAUCCAGCGAGACGGCCGACCCUUUGAGUACAACCUUCCCCAUGGGCCUGGAGCACCGCUUCAGACUGAGCCUCCAGAGCAGCUUGUCAUCUGAGAUGGACCAGAACCUCCUACAGGCAGCUAUGCCCUCCCUGGGGCCCCAAGGCCAGAGUGAUUCCCUGGAGGCAUUCCUGGCUCGGAUCCAGCUCACCCCUGAGGAGGCGGCCCUGGUGGGCGCGGAGGAGUCCGAGGGCAGCGAGGACAUGGGAGACGAUGGGUCCCGCACGGUGGUUUUGGACCCAGACCACCCGCUGAUGGUCAGGUUCCAGACCACCCUGAAGAGCUACCUCAACCGGCAGAUCGAGAAGCUGAAGCUGGAGAUUCAGGAGCUGGAAGUGGGCACCAAGCAGAGGCGGAGCCAGCGUCAGGAGCUGGGCGUGAAUCUCUACGGGAUCCAGCAGCACCUGGCCUACCUGCAGAUGCAGCUGGAGAAGAGCCACGACCGCCACUCCCUGGCCUCCUGCGAGAGGCGGCAGAAGGAGGAUGAGCUGCAGGAGCUGCGUGCGCUCUACACCAAGACCUACGGGGAGGCCAGCGAGGCGCGCAGGAAGCUGGCCACCCUGCAGACGGAGAUGGAGAACUUGGCCCUGAACCUCUUCUACAUGCAGAACAUAGACCAGGACGUGCGGGACGACAUUUCCGUGAUGAAGCAGGUGGUGAAGAAGGCAGAGAUGGAGCGGAUGCGGGCUGAAGUGGAGAAGAAAAAGCAGGACCUGCACGUGGACCAGCUCACCUCGCGAGUCCACCAGCUGGAAGAGAACAUUGCCCUGCUAGAGGCUCAGUACAGUGCACAGGCCCAUGACACCCGGUGUCUGAAGGAGGCGGUGAACGAGGCAGCCACCGAGAUCCACACCAUCAGCGUGGAGAAGAAGUACAUCCUGCAGCAGUGGUCCACCAGCCUGGUGGGCAUGAAGCGCCGUGACGAGGCACACAGGACCAUCCUGGACGCCCUCAAAGAAUCCCUCCAUCAGGCCAAGUCCUUGGAUGGUGAGAUCGAGGCCUACAAGAAAUCCAUCAUGAAGGAGGAGGAGAAGAACGAGAAGCUGGCAGGCAUCCUGAACCGCACGGAGACCGAGGCCAGCCUCACGCAGAAGAUGACGGCCCAGUGCCUGAGCAGACACGAGGUGCUGCAGAACGAGUUCACCACCUACCGCCUCACGCUGCAGGACACGGAGGACGCCCUCAGCAAGGGCCAAGUGGAGCACACAGCAGUCACAAACGAGCUGCACGCCAUCCACCAGGCCAUCCGCCAGGAGCAGGACUUCAAGCGCCACACGGACGCCUCCAUCACAGACAAACUGCAGGAGCACGUGACCUCCAGAAAGUUGACCAAGUACUUCAACCAGCUCCUCCAGAAGCUGCAGAAGGAAAAGACCACCAUGGUGACACACCUCUCCAAAAUCGACGGCGACAUUGCUCAGGCCACCCUGAACAUCACCAACACCAGCUGCAGGCUGGAAAUGCACCAGAAGACGCUGUUGGAGCUGGACAAGGAGGUGAAGGAGGUGAAUGAGCUCAUCACCAACAGCGAGAAUGAGAUCUCCCGCCGCACCAUCCUGAUCGAGAGGAAGCAGGGGCUCAUCAACACCUUCAACAAGCAGCUCGAGCAGAUUGUGUCGGAGCUGGGGGGGGAAGAGAUGGGACCCUUGGAGGUGGAAAUCAAACGGCUGACCAAGCUGAUCGAAGAGCACACGGCCAAGAUCACGCAGACCCAGGUGAGCUGGCUGCGCCUGCAGCAGGAGCUGGUGCAGGUCAGCCAGGAGCGCGAGGACCAGCUGGCCACCCUGGACAUGCUCAGCAAGGAGCUGAACAUCAUGGAGCAGAAGAAGCUGCGGACCGACAACAAGAUCGAUCAGGAGAAGAAGGAACAGAAGGAGAUCAGCUGCUACAUGAAGGACCUGGACAACGACCUGAAGAAUCUCAACGUGCUCAUCAACAAGAAGCGUGGCAACUCUGAGGAUCUGCAGCAGAGCAACUUCGUGGCGGAGAACGAGUUUGUGCGCACGCUAAAGAUGGAGGAGAGAGAGACGAUCCAAAUGCAAGAGAAACUAGACAAGCUCCUGGAGGAGAAGGAAGCGCUCCUCAACAGCCUGGUGGAGGCCGAACACCAGAUCAUGCUUUGGGAGAAAAAAAUCCAACUGGCAAAAGAGAUGCGUUUUGUGGUGGAUUCUGAGGCUGGCCAGACAGAGAUCCGGGCCAUGAAGGCUGAGAUACAGAGGAUGAAGGUGAGUCUCGGGAAGCUCUUGAAGCAGCAAGAGAAGAUGAUCCGGGACAUGGAGAUGGCCGUGGCCCGCAGGGAGGCCAUCGUGGUCCAGGCCGAGGGCCAGAGCAAGACCAAGAAGGUGCUCACCCGGUCUGACUUCCACCACAAGCAGGUGGAGCUGCGGCGGAAGAUCCGGGAGGUGUACAAGGCCACGGAGGAGUCCUCUAAGACCAUCUUGGAACUGGAAGCAUCCCAAAAACUCCUGAGCAGCACCCUGGCGGAGAAGCAGAAGGUGCUGGUGGCCAUAGAGAGAGAAUCCGACAAGAUCGAUGCUGACCUGGAGCACCUCACAGCCCUUAAGCGACAGAACCUCUCGGAGAUUGUGCUUCUGCAAACACGCCACAAGCACCUGCAGGACGUGAUGGACGGAAAGUACGUGUUCCUUUUCCGCUCUGCCAAGACCCUGCUUAUGGAAGAGAAGCGCCUUCAGGACCGGCUGGUCCAGCUGGGCUCCAUCCUCACCCAGGUGCAGCAGGAGUAUCCCCAGUUCCAGGAGACCCUGCACAAGGUCAGCCGGAAAAUCGCCAGCAAGCUCCAGACCACUCAGCCCUAGCGUGGGCUGGGCCAUCUCCGGCUGGGCCCGUGCUCCUGGCCAUCCUCCAGGGGUGUGUUCCUAAAAGCCACUCAUGCCCUCAGGCUUAUACCAGCUGGAAAAAAGAAAACAAGGAGAGCCGGCCCCAUAGAAAUCAGUUUUUUAGCAGUUCAAGCCCAGUGUU